UCUCACAAUUUAGCAGCCUUUGGGAAAACUAUUGUCCUUAUAAUUGCUAAAAUGGGUCGUGCGAUUCGGAUUUGAUUGGUGCGAAGAGGUGUCUUUUUCCGAACUUUUUCGGUCUACUUUGCAGCAAUUUGCAUAAUUUCUGGCUGAAUGAAUUGGUGUGCAGUCCUGUGGAUGGGUAAUGGAUUGGGUAUAAAACGACCAGACAGAGCUAGGCAGACUAGAAAAUGUGUAGAACAAUGGAAAUUCAGGAGGUGGAUUCGACGAGGGCUUUGGUGAGCCACUGGCGCAUCUUUCGGAUCACGGGACUGCAUCCACCGCCCAAGGAAACCCUGUGGGGCCGCCACUACAGUACGUACUCGAUAGUGUGGAAUGUGGCGUUCCACUUCUGCGUGUGGCUGUCCUUCUCGGUGAACUUUAUGAUGUCCAACUCGCUGGAGACCUUCAGCGAGAGCCUCUGUGUGGCCCUGCCGCACACGCUCUACAUGAUGAAGUCGUUCAACGUUUACCUGCAUCGCGACGAGAUGCUCCAUAGCCAUCGGAUGCUCCGCCACCUGGACAGGCGCUUGAGCUCCCCCAUCGAUGCCCGGAUCAUCGUUGAGGGUGUGGCCAAGGCGAAGUUCAUGUUCCGGGUACUUUUGCGCUGCGUGGCGGGCGUGGUCUUUUUGGGCAUCCUCUACAUUGCCAUGGCCAGCGAGCCCACGCUGAUGUACCCCUCGUGGAUCCCCUGGAACUGGAAGGACACCACCGCCGCCUUUCUGCCCACCGUCAUCCUGCACACCUUCGCCCUGAUGGAGACGUCCAUGGUGGUCCUCAACUCGACCACCUACCCGGGCACCUACCUCAUCCUGGUCAGCGCCCACACCAAGGCGCUGGCCUGGAGGGUCGCCAGGCUGGGAAACGACCAGCCACUCCCGGCGGAUCGGAUGCAGGAACUCCUGAUCGGAUACAUACAGGACCACCAGGUCAUCUUGAAGCUGUUCCAGUCGCUGCAGAAAUUCCUGUCGAUGAGCUGCUCGAUGCAGUUCCUCUCCACGGCCUGUGCCCAGUGCACCAUCUGCUAUUUCCUGCUCUUCGGGCAGGUGGGGGUCAUGAGGUUCACCAACAUGAUGGCCCUCUUCAUCGCCUUCACCACGGACACCCUGCUGCUCUGCUCCAUGGCGGAGCUGCUCUGCCAGGAGGGCGAGACUCUCCUGGCGGCGGUCUACAGCUGCAACUGGGUGGACCAGUCGGUCCAGUUCCGGCGACUCCAUCUCCAGAUGCUCAAGCGCUGUCAGAAGCCGCUGAUCCUGGUCGCCGGGAAGAUAAUGCCCAUUAGCAUGAAGACCUUUUUGAAGAUGAUCAAGGGAGCCUACACAAUGCUCACUCUACUAAAUGAAAUGCGGAAAACGUCUCUUGAAAGCAACUAACUGAAUACAAAGCCAGAGGAUGUAAACUUAAUUGAGAAAGCCAGUAUCUACUACAUGGAUGCGGCAUAGAAACUUAUUUAAAGCCCCAAGGCCACAGAAAUAUGAUUAGCAACCAAUAUUGCAUUAUGUUGAAUUUAUG